GACCUGAAGCCUGCCAAUUUGCUCAUCUCUUCAAGUGGCCUCCUAAAAAUCGCAGACUUUGGACUGGCCAGGCUCUUCCAAAACACGAAAGAAAGGCUUUACAGUCAUCAGGUUGCCACGAGAUGGUAUCGCGCUCCAGAGCUUCUGUAUGGUGCAUAUUUCUACGUGCCAGGUGGAUAG